AUAGUUUUUUAAUUUUGAGGUUAGGUGAACAAAUGAUGGGUAACAUAUGAAUAUUUUUUAUCAAAAAAAUAAUGAGUUCAAAGAGUUUUUACAAAUUUAUUUAAACGAAUGAAAGUUGAUAAAAUAUAAUAAUUUAUUCAAAUUUUUUAAUCACUUUUUAAUAUGCCAGUGUUAAAACAUGAUAUUGAACUUCCAACUUCAGUUCCUGAAUUAUUAUUGGAAAAGCAUGCAAACUUUUUACUUUCUUAUGGUACUGAUAAGGAUGAAUAUAUGUAUUGUAUGACAGAACAUAUGAGAAUGUCUGGAAUGUAUUGGGGUUUAACAGCAUUGGAUCUUAUGGGUAAAUUGGAACAAACAAAUCGAAAUGAAGUAUUGGAAUUUAUUGCUCAAUGUCAAACAGAAAGUGGUGGCAUAGCUGCUAGUUUACAACAUGAUCCGCAUAUUCUUUAUACUUUGAGUGCAGUUCAAAUAUUAUGUAUAUAUGAUGCAUUAGACACUAUUGAUAUAGAAAAAGUUAUAAAAUAUGUAAAAGAAAGACAACAACCAGAUGGAAGUUUUACUGGUGACAUUUGGGGUGAAGUUGAUAUGAGAUUUUCUUUUUGUGCUGUGGCAACAUUAUCUCUUUUGAAUCGAUUGGAUGCAAUAGAUAUUAAUAAGGCAGUUGAAUUUGUAAUGAAAUGUAUGAAUUUUGAUGGUGGUUUUGGAUCAAAGCCUGGAGCUGAAAGUCAUGCUGGUAUGAUUUAUUGCUCCAUAGGACUUUUAUCAAUAACUGGUAAUCUUCAUUUAAUAGAUGCAGAUCAAUUAAGUUGGUGGCUUUGUGAAAGACAACUUCCAUCUGGAGGUUUAAAUGGUAGACCAGAAAAAUUGCCUGAUGUUUGCUAUUCUUGGUGGGUUCUUUCUGCACUUACAAUUUUAGGACGCCUUCAUUGGGUUAAUAAAGAACAAUUGGUAAAAUUUGUAUUAGCAUGUCAAGAUACAGAAUCAGGAGGAUUUAGUGAUCGUCCAGGCGAUAUUGCCGAUCCUUUUCAUACUCUUUUUGGUUUAACUGCGCUUUCUCUUUUAAAUACUGAUUAUCCUUUAAAAAAAAUUAAUCCAACAUACUGCAUGCCUGAAUAUGUAAUUCAAAGGUUACAUUUAAAACCUUCAAGACUUGACCAAAGUAAUUGACAUUUAAUUAU